GCCAGGUGCUGAGCCGUCUCUGCUUGUCAAAAGGCAGCUGCCGAGCCCGAAGCCCCGGUUGCGCCCAGCAGCGUGUCCACUCGCCAGACCAGAUUCUUUCGGUCAGACGUAUCUGGGAGACUUCCCGGGACAGCAUCCUGAGGGCCUAGUCGCCCCUGCUCCUCAGGAAGGUUCUCCACCAAAGAACGCCCGCCAGCUCUCCCCCAGGAAGGGAAAGGUGGCUGACGGCGAUGCUGAGGGCGCCAGCUGCCUCCAGCAGUGACUCUCACUCUGACUGUGGCCUGCCUGCUGCCCUUACUGGGAUGGAGGCGAUGGCAGCCAGCACUUCCCUGCCUGACCCUGGUGACUUUGAUCGGAAUGUGCCUCGGAUCUGUGGGGUGUGUGGGGACCGAGCCACUGGCUUCCACUUCAAUGCUAUGACCUGCGAAGGCUGCAAAGGUUUCUUCAGGCGGAGCAUGAAGCGGAAGGCACUGUUCACCUGCCCCUUCAAUGGGGACUGCCGCAUCACCAAGGACAACCGGAGACACUGCCAGGCCUGCCGGCUCAAACGCUGUGUGGACAUCGGCAUGAUGAAGGAGUUCAUCCUAACAGACGAGGAGGUGCAGCGUAAGAGGGAGAUGAUCUUGAAGAGGAAGGAGGAAGAAGCCUUGAAGGACAGCCUGAGGCCCAAGCUCUCCGAGGAGCAGCAGCGCAUCAUCACUAUCCUGCUGGAUGCCCACCACAAGACCUACGACCCCACCUAUGCCGACUUCAGGGAUUUCCGGCCUCCAAUUCGUAUAGAUGGGAGUGCAAGGAGCUACACUCAAAGGCCCACACUCAGCUUCUCCGGGGACUCCUCCUCCUCCAGCCCUGACCUGUACACCACCUCGCUGGACAUGAUGGAACCAUCCAACUUCAACCUGGAUCUGAAUGAAGAGGACGCUGACGACCCUUCUGUGACUCUGGAUCUGUCCCAGCUCUCCAUGUUGCCUCACCUGGCUGACCUCGUCAGUUACAGCAUCCAGAAGGUCAUCGGGUUUGCCAAGAUGAUCCCAGGAUUCAGGGACCUCACGUCUGACGACCAGAUUGUGCUGCUUAAGUCAAGCGCCAUCGAGGUUAUCAUGCUACGCUCCAAUCAGUCCUUCACCAUGGAUGACAUGUCCUGGGACUGUGGCAGCCAGGACUACAAGUAUGAUGUCACCGAUGUCACCAAAGCUGGGCACACCCUGGAGCUGAUUGAGCCCCUCAUAAAGUUCCAGGUGGGGCUGAAAAAGCUGGACCUCCAUGAGGAAGAACACGUCCUGCUCAUGGCCAUCUGCAUCGUCUCUCCAGACCGGCCUGGGGUACAGGACCCCAAGCUGGUGGAAGCCAUCCAGGACCGCCUAUCCAACACUCUGCAGACCUAUAUCCGCUGCCGCCACCCACCGCCAGGCAGCCACCAGCUCUACGCCAAGAUGAUCCAGAAGCUGGCUGACCUUCGAAGCCUCAACGAGGAACACUCCAAACAGUACCGCUCCCUCUCCUUCCAGCCGGAGAAUAGCAUGAAGCUCACGCCCCUCGUGCUGGAGGUGUUCGGCAAUGAGAUCUCCUGACCAGGGUGGCCCGAGGUGGUGCCUGGGUGGGGCCUCUCCUCCAGGGCCCUGUGCCCAGGCCCUGGGCUGAUUGCAGCUCAGCAGUGCCUCCUUCCCCUUCCGGAGUUCAGUCCUCCCUCUGCCGUUGCCCGUGUCUGUCUGGCCCAUCCUUUCUCCUGCCCAGCCUGACACCAGCUCUCCCUCUCCUGCAGACCACAGGUCCUGCCUGUCCCUUGAGACCUCUGCUAUGAGAGCCCUGCUGCUUAUUUGACAAAGAAACUCAAGUGGGGGUAGAGGGCAGAGGCUGAAGGCAGAGACGGGUCCAGGGAUGCCCCCACCACAAGGGGCUGCUGCUUGUGUCAAGGGAGGCAGGCAGGAGAGAUGUGCCCAUUCCUCAGGGAUAGGUACCUGUACCUCCCCCAAUUCUAGCCCUACCUGCCCAGAGCCUGCUGGGAAAUCCUACCCCCGCCUACAAAGGGUACACAACCUACCCACAAUCCCCCCCACACACACCCUGGGCCCCAUCUCAUCCUGCCACCAGUCUGUGCUAUUCUGUCCCAGGGUAGAGGUCGCUGUGGGGUCUCCUUCCUUUGCUAUUAUACUCUAAACUCAUUCACUGCCAAGAUGACCAAAUACACUACCACACUAACCAAGAAGAACUCGCCUAGCCCUGCAGUUCCCUGAGAUUCUGCCAUGGUCAUCCACAGGGCCAGUACCGCUGGCACACUGGGUUUCUUUCCUGUCCCCAGAACCAGGGAAUCCAGGGCCCAAGCAAUGAAGAACGGAGAAAGCCAGCCUCCCAGCAGGGCAGUGAACGGAGGCCCAUCUGUCCUUGCCGCCUAGCCGAGGGUUCCGAAGCCUGUAGCUAUUGGGACCUCUCCCCUCACCCGCAGAUGUGUCAGGACCAAAUUGUCCCCAACUUUCAGAACACCCCCAGCUCUGUCUUCACCCCUUACCCUGCCAGUGCCUUACCACCUAUCCUGGAAAGCCCUUUUGCUUUGGCCUCCCAGGGCCUCACAAUUUGGUCAGAAGCCAUCUCAGCUUCUCCACCACCCCCACCUGUCAACAGAGGCCUGUGAAGUGGGCAGGUGAUGCUAGGUACAUAGCUUCAAACUCCAUCUCUUCCUCUGUAGCAGCCCAGCCCAGGGCCUUGAAACCACAAUCUCACUUACCCCAGAUAAACCCCUUGCUGAUUAUGGGUUGUGGGUGUGGGGGACCCUUACAGAAAGGGUUUUUUCAUAGGGGGACUCACAGAAUGUCCUUCAAAUGAAUGCUUAAUUUGGGGGACACAGCCUUAUUGCAUGCACCAAUAGCGUGCUGAGGUCAGUGGGAACAUGGCCCUGUGAGCCCCAGCUGUGUCCUUCUAUCCACAUUUUUCAUCCCCUGAAAACAGAUGUAACCUUGCAAGGACCAUUGGCGUCCACCUGGCCCCAUGUUUCCCAGAAUUCAAAUGGAAAAACAUCUGAAAGCCUCAUUCCCGUAUUGCAGAAUGGCCUACAGAAGGCUUCGUUUUAAAUUCAUUAGAUCAGAGUUGUUUUCAGAAUUAGACCGCACCUUGUACUGUGUUCUAACGCUGAGGGUGGUAGUGCCUGAUUCAGAAUUGGUGUGUGUGUGUGUGUGUGUGUGUGUGUAAACACUAUACAUUGAUGACUAUUGUUACUGCACAAAGAAAUAGAGAGAGACCUUUGAUUUCAACUGCAGGACACAUUGAUCCAGCUUAUUAUUCAACGGAAGGGAACGUUUGAACUGCUAAGCUAGUUCAACCCCCUGAUAAUGAGAACCUGACAUUAGAGGAGAGCGUGGAUUACCCAGGCUCUUACAAUGAGAAAUAGCCCCAGGCCUGGAGAAAAUUUCAGCUUACGGUCUUGGGCCUGUUUCCACUGCUCUGGUAGCUGAGCCAGGAUGUAAGGAGGCCCUGGAUAUCAGUGCCUCCAGAGACUAUCAGUUUACUUAGCCCAAGGGCCCACCACCACUGAGGCAGAGCCCAGAGGGGGUCAGAAGCUGGGAGAAAAAGACAACGGGGCCAAUUGCAUCCAAGAAGCUGAACUGAGAGGGAAGGGCGUUGUCUCGUUUGUUUAUUCUGGAUGUACAAAGGUGGGCCUUGAAAGAGCUCACACUUCUGAGGCGUAUUAUUAGACCAGAAGGGAAACGGACACCACCAUGAAAAGCCAGCAGGAUUUCAUGAGAUAGGAGACUCCCCCUGCUGCCAAGUGGAAGAAAGCCUGGUCCAAACUAGGCCAACUAAGGUGGUGGGGAGAGAGAAAUCUGGUGAGGUUGGACAUCAAGCAUCAGUAGAAGGCUCUGAUGAGCUUCCCAAGAGAUUUCCAAAGAGAAAAAAAAAAUGUUUUUCCAGGAGCUUGUCAAAUAAACCAAUGAAAAAGCUUUGCCUAUGGUAAUAAAGCAGCUCAUACUUACACAGCACUUACUCUGUGACAAAUACCGCUGUAAAUAAACUCCUCAUGAAAACCA